UGGGAUAAAAUUAUUACUGCUUUUGUAAUUAUAAUUACAUCGUUUGUUUUUAAAGAUAAGUUAUACAAAUCGGCAAAAUUCGUGCAAUAUUAUUAUAAACAUUAUGUUAACUUUUUUUUUAUGAUGUUCAAUUCAUUGAUUUUAAUGCCAAUGUUUUUGUGGAACGGAAAACAUGUGAAGAACGCACUCCUUAUGUCGGAGGUAUCAAAACAUGUCACAAAGUUGUUAAAUGUUACAUGGGAACUACGAAACCCUGAGAUCGUGUCCAAAGACAGGGCAGCUGUUAUUAUAUUGAACCAUCAGUCUUCAUUGGACUUACUAGGAUUGUGUAAUUUUUGGUAUAUUUGGAAAAAAGUAUCAUGUGUUAUUAAGAAAGAAUUUAUAUAUUAUUUUCCAUUUGGAUUGGGAUUGUAUCUUAUGGAUGCUAUUUUCGUUGAUAGAAGAAACCCUAAGGAUGCGCAUAGACUUUUACAGGAGAAAUCCAAAACCAGACUUCAGGAUAAGAUAAAAAUUUUAAUUUUUCCCGAAGGAAGACGAAGUAGCGAUUACACAAAGUUACUGCCAUUUAAAAAAGGCGCUUUUAACAUAGCUGUGGGAGCUCAAGUUCCCAUCAUUCCAGUUGUGAUUUCACGAUAUUAUUUUAUAAAUAACAAAAAGCAUAUUUUUAAUGGAGGCCAUGUCAUAGCGCAAUGUCUGGAGCCAGUGUCGACCGAGGGCUUGACGAUGGAUGAUGUACCGGAACUUAUAAAUAGGGUUCACAGUAAUAUGGAGAGAGUUUUUAAGGAAUUGUCUAAGGAGGUAAUCAGCUCCUUGCCGCCUGACUAUCCCCUGGAAACACUAAACUGAAGAAUCGAAGCCAAAUGCAAAGUAGGUGUGGUGUGGCAUGCAAUAUAAAAUAAAGGUAUAUAAAGGAUAUUUUUAUUUUGUGUUGAUAUUAAGUAAUUUCGUGUCAAAAGCUGUUUGAAAAAUUUGUAAACAAAACA